UUGUGAAAUCAAGUUGUAGGAACAGAAAGGGUUUCUAGUGAGACACAUGUUGCCUCCUUCAUGAAAGCCACAGGAGGAGGAAUGAACAGACUCCCUGUCCCUGCUUCUGUACCCGGCCCACUGCAGUGGUCUGUCUCCUUUGGGUUACCGCAAUGCUGGGGCACUGCAGAUGUGGGGACACUGUCCGAGUGCCCCAGAGCAGGCGCUGGAGGCAGGGGUCAAAGGAGAAGGACCGAAAAUGUCCUCCCAGGCAGCCGGGAACCAGACCUCCUCUGCAGGCGACUAUGACAACUGGUACAUCGAUGAGCCCCAGGGGGAUGAGGGGCUCCAGCCAGACGGGACAGUGCCCUCCUGUCACCCCAGUGUGUCCUCUGGCCUGCACCAUGCCUGCCUGGCCUCACUUUCGAUCCUCGCACUGCUGCUGCUGGCCAUGCUAGUGAGGCGCCGCCAGCUCUGGCCCGACUGCGGGCGUGGCAGGCCAGGCCUGCCCAGCCCUGUGGAUUUCUUGGCUGGGGACAGGCCCCGGACAGUGCCUGUUGCCGUCUUCAUGGCCCUCUUCAGCUCCUUAUGUUUGCUGCUCCCAGACAAGGACCCGCUGCCCUUCCUGAGCCUUGCCUUGCCACCUAGCCAAGAUGAGGAAACUGAGACUCCAAGAGGGCCCCAGAAGAUGCUAGGCCUGCUCUAUUACGCUGCCCUCUACUACCCCCUGGCCUCCUGUGCCUCGACUGGCCACAGAGCUGCACACGUGCUCGGCAGCAUACUGUCCUGGGCCCACCUGGGGAUCCAGAUCUGGCAGAGGGCAGAAUGUCCCCAGGCACCCCAGAUUUAUAAGUACUAUUCCCUGCUGGCCUCCCUGCCUCUCCUUCUGGGCCUUGGAUUCCUGAGCCUUUGGUACCCGGUGCAGCUGGUGAGAAGCUUCAGCCACAGGACAGGCUUCGAGGGGCUGCAGAGCCGCUACUCUGAGGAAUAUCUGAGGAACCUUCUUUGCAGGAAGAAGCUGGAGACAAGCUCCCACUCCCGCAAGCAUGGGUGCCUGUCUUGGGCCUGGAGCUGCUUCAGGCAGUACAUCUACACUCCACAGAGAGGAUUCCGCCUCCCCCUGAAGCUGGUGCUUUCAGCCACCCUGACAGGGACGGCAAUUUAUCAGGUGGCCCUGCUGCUCCUGGUGGGCGUGGUACCCACCAUACAGAAGGUGAGGGCAGGUGUCACCACAGACGUCUCCUAUCUGCUGGCCGGCUUUGGGAUCGUGCUCUCAGAGGACAGGCAGGAGGUGGUGGAGCUGGUGAAGCACUAUCUGUGGGCUCUGGAAGUUUGCUACAUCUCGGCCUUGGUCUUGUCCUGCUCCCUCACCUUCCUGGUCCUGAUCCGCUCGCUGGCAGCACACAGGGCCAACCUUCGAGCUCUGCACCGAGGGGCUGCCCUGGACCUGGGGCCCCCACCCCAGAGCCUUCAUCCUUCCCGCCAAGCCAUAUUCUGUUGGAUGAGCUUCAGUGCCUACCAGACUGCCUUUACCUGUCUCGGGCUCCUGGUGCAGCAGGUCAUUUUCUUCCUGGGGACCACGGCCCUCGCCCUCCUGGUGUUCAUGCCGGUGCUCCAUGGCAGGAACCUCCUGCUCCUGCGGUUCCUGGAGUCCUCGUGGCCCUUCUGGCUGACUUUGGCCCUGGCUGUGAUCCUGCAGAAUGUGGCAGCCCACUGGUUUUUCCUGGAGACGCAUCAUGGACACCCAGAGCUGACCAAUCGGCGAGCACUCUACGCAACCACCUUUCUUCUCUUCCCUCUCAACGUGCUGGUGGGCACCAUGGUAGCCGCCUGGCGAGUGUGCCUCUCUGCCCUCUACAAUGCCGUCCACCUCGGCCAGACAGAUCUCAGCCUGCUGCCCCCAAGAGCUGCCACUUUUGACCCUGGCUACCACACAUACCGGAACUUCUUGAAGAUUGAGGUCAGCCAGUCACAUCCAGCCAUGACAGCCUUCUGCACCCUGCUCCUGCAAGCGCGGAGCCCCCCAUCCUGGACCCCGCCAGCCCCCCAGGACAGCCUGAGGCCAGGGGAGGAAGAAGAAGGGAUGCAGUUGCUGCAGACAAAGGACCCCAUGGCCAAGGGAGCAGGUCCCAGGGUCAGCCGGGGCAGGGCCCGCUGGGGCCUGGCCUACACACUGCUGCACAACCCAGCCCUGCAGGCCUUUCGGAAGAUGGCCCUGUCAGGUGCCCAAGCCAAUGGCACCCAGUCCUGAGGGUGGGGAAGGCCGACCCAUCUGCCCUGCUGUGCUGAGAAACAUUCCUGCCCACCAUCCUACUCCCUCCCUGGGUCUUCCAGCAUCACCCCCUGCCUCAGCAGCCCCUCCACUGAGCACCAGCUUUGCUGGCAGGUGCUCCAGGAUCAGCAUGGCUAGGUGGAGGUCUGCCUACUCUGUGAGCCUCAGGCGGGCUCCACUGUGCUCCCCAGGCUUCAGGAGAGCCAACAAGAGCUCUGGAGAAAGCAAUUGUUGGGUUAGGCCCUUGGUGCAGGAGCUAGUGGAGCUGUGGUGGCCAUAUCUAGGCCUCUCCUGACCUUGGUUCUGCCACCAGUCUUGUGGAACCUCUCUGAAGCCUUCUCAAGACUGAAACAGGACUGGUGAUCCAGGGUAGGGCAGGGCAGCCUUCAUUCCAGCUCAGCCCCAUCUCAGCCUUGGCCUUCAUACUGUGGAACCACCAUGGGGCUUUCUCUCUUCCUCAGCUCCCCCUGUCUUCUCUGGGGUAUGGCUGGAAGGCUCAUGGGCCUCUGACCUGUAAGGCAGUCCAAGUCACCACUCAAACCAGGCUGCGUACUGAGCUGCCCACUUUUGAGAGCCAGAUAUUUUUGUAGUUUUUAUGCCUGUAGCUAUUAUGAAAGAGGUUAGUGUGUUCCCGGUAAUAAACUUGUUCCUGAGAAA